GGCAGCGGCAUAUUUGACAUCAGCGACGGCAUCUUGAGUAGUAGAACAUUUUAAACCCUUUUCAAUUCACGUUUUCAUCUUUACAUGAACGAAAGUAUAUACACUUUUAAGUUUACGUCGGAUUAGAGGCUUCUAACCAUUUCAUUUGUUAGUUAAUUUCCAACAACGACAAAUUUGAAAAGGACGUUUGCCAGCAAGCUAGACAAUGCUAGUAUUUGCUAGCUAGAACUAUGUUUUGUAACACUUUUGUGGUGUCUACUAGGCUAGCCAACCAGAUAGCUGAGCAUCAUCGGGUAACGUAGGCGUUUUGUUUGUUAGAAUCUAACUGUCAGUCACGACUACGCAUUGGAAAAAGCUUUCGUCUCCAUUAUUUUCGUUAAGUUACCGUUAGCUGCUAAACAUAUUUAGGUUGUCACGUCAACCCGCAAGCUUGUGACUGAAAGGAGACCAGGAUGACCACCGAUAUUGAGUAUUUUGUGUCAUAUGUAACAAGCAGGUAAAAUGAGUGGUGCAAAUCAAAAAACUUUAUUUCAGACAUGGGGUGCCAGUGUACCGCAUAAAGUAGCCCCAAAUGAAGUCGGGAAGAAGAACCCCGGGCGGCGGAAGGUAAAUCAAAAUCAAAAUUCGCAGAAAGUUACGAAACAGGAAGGCGACAAUUCUCUACCUCUUCGUAAAUCUCUUUGGGGUGGGAUUGGUCAAGGAUCAACUGCCAGCUGUACCUCAAAUGUAGCAGAGGCAGAAGACGAUGAUGAGUUGAUGUUAGUGGCUGUGUAUGAGGCUGAAAAAUCUCUUGAGAGUAUCGAUGGCCAGUAUGACAUCCAGACUAGCGACACAGCUGUUGUUCCCAGUGCGUUAUCUUCGGACUUGCCUGGUUUUGACAUCUCUUCUGGCAAAGUAUGGAUUUAUCCCACCAACUACCCGAUUAGAGAUUACCAGCUGAAAAUAUCGGAGGCAUCACUCUUUCAAAACACACUGGUCUGUCUGCCAACUGGUCUGGGGAAGACGUUUAUAGCCUCGGUGGUUAUGUACAAUUUCUACCGCUGGUACCCAUAUGGAAAAAUCGUUUUCAUGGCUCCCACCAAACCCCUCGUUGCUCAGCAAAUUGAAGCCUGCUACAAGGUCAUGGGCAUCCCCCAGGAACACAUGGCAGAACUGACAGGAAGCACACCUGCACAGCAGAGACGGGAGCUGUGGCGGUUAAAGAGGGUUUUCUUUUUGACGCCACAAGUGAUGGUGAAUGACCUGUCAAGGAAUACCUGUCCUGCCACCCAGGUCAAGUGUGUGGUGAUUGACGAAGCCCACAAAGCCUCAGGAAACCAUGCCUACUGUCAGGUUGUGAGGGAGUUGGGAAACCAGACACGCCAUUUCCGUGUGCUGGCUCUCAGUGCAACCCCUGGAGGGGACAUGAAGGCAGUUCAGCAGGUCAUCUCCAACCUGCUCAUCUCUCACAUUGAGUUGCGAUCGGAGGAGAGUCCAGACAUCCAGGCCCACUCUCAUCAGCGCAGCCUGGACAAGGUGGUGGUCCCACUUGGGGAGUCCUUGAAGGCAUACCAGACACGCUAUCUACUGGUCCUGGAGAGGUUCACGGCACGUCUGACCCAGUUGCGGCUGCUGUCUAAUCGUGACCUCUGCUCUCUCACCAAAUAUCAACUCAUCCUGGCCCGCCAGCAGUUUCGUAGCAACCCGCCAACACAUGUCCAGGGGGCCCAGCAUGGUGCAAUAGAAGGGGACUUUGCCUUGAGCAUCAGCCUCUACCACGGCUAUGAGCUGCUCAUGCAGAUGGGUCUGCGUUCACUUUUCCUCUUCAUACAAGGCAUCAUGGGAGGAGCUAAAGAGACAUCUCGAGCUAGAAAUGAGCUUCAGAGAAAUAUCGAUUUUAUGGACCUGUACAAGGAGAUGGAAGCCAUGUUUCAGAAACCUACCGCUGGGCCUGAGGAACCGUUCUUCUACACCCAUCCAAAACUGCAGAAACUUGAUGAGGUGGUGCAGCAGCACUUUCAGUCAUGGUCACAAAACUCAGCAGGCCCUAAGGGAGCAGACCAGGAGGAGAGUACCCGUGUGAUGAUCUUCUCGUCCUUCAGAGAGAGUGUGCAGGAGAUCGCCAACAUUCUUAGCCGCCACCAGCCCCUCAUCAAGGUCAUGACCUUCAUGGGCCAGGCCUCAGCCGGCAAAGGGGUGCGAGGGUUCACACAGAAGGAGCAGCUAGCGGUGGUGCGACAGUUUAAAGAAGGUGGCUUCAACACACUGGUGUCCACAUGCGUGGGCGAGGAGGGUCUGGACAUUGGCGAGGUGGACCUGAUUGUGUGCUUCGAUGCCCAGAAGAGCCCCAUCCGCCUGGUGCAACGCAUGGGCCGCACUGGCCGCCGCCGCCAGGGACGCAUCGUGGUCAUCCUGGCCGAAGGCCGCGAGGAGAGGACCUACAACCAGAGCCAGAGUAAUCGGCGCAGCGUGAACAGGAGCAUCCUGGAGAACAAUCGGAGCUUCCACAUGUUCCCCAACAGCCCACGCAUGCUGCCCGACGGCCUGACUCCCACCCUCCACAAGAUGCACAUCACCUGUGGCCAGUUUGAGGCCAGAGACACAAGCCAGCGAGCCAGCAAGGGCCGGAAGUCAGUGGCAGGGGGACGAGAGUCCCUUGUGCACCCCAGCACUGUAGUGAGAGGUCCUGAGGAAAGCCAGAGAAGAGAUGGCUUCCUGACUCCAGCUGAGUUCUCUCUCUGGGCGUCCACCAUGCGGCUGAGCGACGACGAGCCUCAACCAAUGCUCCCCCAGACCCACUUCCUGUCUUUGUCCACAGAUGCCCCUCCGCAGGAGGAGGCUGCAGCUGGACCUAAGCGAGAGUUGUCUCUCUGGGAGUGGAGGCACUGGCAGAAUCGGCCACAGCAUACGCACAGGCUGGGCCACUCGGAUCGCUGCCUCCACUUCACCGCCCUCAUGGACCUGAUCGACAACCUGAAACAGGAGGAGGGUCAGUGUAGCUAUGAGGCAGAGCUGAUGCCUUACCUCCACAAAGAGGAUGUCGUUGGCUUCCAGGAGGAUGACCGGUGGGGAAAGCUCUCCAAAAGACAAAAAGAGACUAAACUGUUUCCCACAAAAUUAAGUAAAAACACAAGAUUUUCCCACACAUCCACUUGUUCAGCGGGGUUAGAUGAGGAUAUUUUCAAAGAAAAAAAGCCAAAGGUGGCACUUGAGAGUCCCUGGACCAUAGUCAAGGAUAAAGUUCCGCCUGAGAUAGUUCCUGAUUCCAGACAUGACAAUAGAGACCUAGUAACCCAAAGUCAGUGUUCCACUAUCAGUGCCCAGCCACUGAUGGAUAUGGACUUUGACUGCGUCUUGCACAGCGACGAAGACAGUAGCCCAACGAAAAAGCCGUUAGGAGAAGAGUUUAAGGUGAGUAUUGGUGUCACAGAUGGCAUAGCGGUGAAGCAACCAAGAACGCAAUCAACCUCUGUUCCUCAUUGUGAGGAACAGUCUGAAGAGCAGAACUCAGAAUUUGAGGAACUGUUUUAUUUACCAAAAUUGUGCAAGAACUCUACGCUUAAGCCCUUCAGAGAAUCCUCAGCGAGUUUGACAACAAUUCUAGAAAAUGUCAAACAGCUUCUUUCCAUAUCCCCACCCCACAUCACCGUUGAUGUUGAGUUCUCUCUGACUGAUGCAUCUCCCAAUCAUGAAAUAACCAGAGAUUCAAAGGUUCAACCAAAUCUACUGCAUGAAGAUGAGCCAUUCCAGAUCAAUUUCUGUUUGGAGGAAAAUUAUGAUGAUGCUGAUGCUGAUGAUAACGAUGACGGAACUGAACUGAUGGAAGUAGAUUCUGUGGAACAUGAAGUUAAAGAAAUGUCUGCAGGUUCCCCCGACCUUAAUGAAAGCACCUGUUUACCAAAGCUACAAAAAGAGCCUACUGAAAGCUUACGAGAAAUGACAAGUCCAACCUGGGAUGAGGUUUUUGAGGACGAGAACAAAGAGUCAGAAGUUGAAGAUGACAUUAAACUUGUCCAGCCCUUGGAACACGCAGGCUCAAAAGACCCUCUUCAGCACAGUAUCAUGGAUGAGAGUGUUGACCUAUUUGGCGACGAUGAAGUAUUUCUUCAAGUUAGUUUGCCAGAUAUACCUACUCCUGACAAGAACUUUUCCAACCACACUGCCAGUGAACUGUUGAGGGUCAGAAAAGGACCUGAGGAAAGCCCAGCAGAGACUGUUUUCAAGGCCUCAGCAGAUUCCACACGAAUAUCCAACACCAUGUCACCUAGCGAUGUCCACCAACAACCUGUCCAGAACUCUGAGCAUUUCGACCUCUCUCAAGACUUUUUCUCUGUGAACUUUGACCUUGGAUACUGUCUUGAAGAUGAAGAUGAAGAUGAGGAAGAGGAUGAGGUUGAAGUAAGGGAACACCUGCAGUGUACUCCACCUCUUCUUGCCAAGUCUGAACAUGAGAACACACAAAAGACAUUACACAAACCCAGCCAUGCCAUCACUACUCCUAUGCACCUGUGCCCAGUCUCCGUCACCACCCCUGGUAGUUGCCUGAAGCAGACAGGGGAGGCUUCGGCUCUUAGUGUCAAAGACUACUCUUUCCUCUCGCCCAGUCUCACUCUAAAGCAGAGGUUAGCCAUCCGAUCAAAGACCUCUACACCAUCUCAUGCCACACUAACAUCACAUGAGAGACGUCCAGAGACUACUGCUGCACACCAGUGCCUCACUAGUGCUCAAAGAGAAGCCCAGUGGAGCACUUCUCGAAAGUCUUUGCUUCCCAAAGUAACACUCCCUGCAGAUCAAUCAGUUCACUUCCCUCAAACAGGAUCCUUCCCAGAGCAUGCUGCCAGUGACAGUGAGGAUGACAUCAUCAUACGGAAGCGCAGUAGACAGGGCCAGCUCAACCCCCUCUCCUCCCCAGAGCAGUCAAAGAUCUUAAGUGAUGUGGACUCGCCUGUACAAGUAAUAAGAAAGCAUGUUCUUGCCCCACGCAAUAUCAUGGUAAGAAUGUCUGAGGAGAGUGAUGUGGAGGCCUUAUCAGAUGAUGACUUCCAACAUACGUCCCUCAGACAGCCCAGAGCUCAGCCUGCUCCCAAACAUUCCAACCCAGGGCAAACAUCAAAGGGGACAGUCCGCAGAAGGGCGCGUCAGUUCCUGGACGAUGAGGCAGAGCUGUCUGAGGAGGAUGGGUCUGUUUCGUCAGAUGAGGAAGAUGAUGAAGAGCAGAACCGGAUGCUGGAGGGCUUCGUGGUGGACAACAGCCACCUCUCCCAGGGCCUCGACGAUUCUGAGAUGCAGGGUAUUUACCUGAAGUCAGUGAGAAGCCCAGCUGUCCCCGGCAAAUUCAAAAUGGUGUAUAAACCCACCAACAACAUGGAUGUUUUCUCACAGGUGCCCGAGCAGGACGAGUCGUACGCGGAGGACAGCUUCGUGGUGCAUGGCAGCGAUGUGGAAAUGAUUGGGAGCAGUGAAGGAGAGGAGGACGAGGUCAAGUUAGCAGAGCUCAUUGGUGAAGACUCCUAUGUGGAUGGCAGGAGGAACUAUGCAACCCGGCGCAAGGCUCAGUUCAGGGAGGCCAGGGGUAGAGAGGCGAUUCCCGAACCCGCCAGGAAAACGAAACGCUCACGGAUCAUUCGGAUGGAGGACUCCAGUGAUGAGGAGCAAGGAGAGGGUGGGCUACCCAUGAAGCAGGCUGCCCCAGCCUCCCCUGAAGCAGCCAAAGAGAAGCAACAACUGUCGGUCUUCAAGACGCCUCUACUUCCCCCACAACCCUCUGCUGUGGUGGGGAAGUCCAGCUCUCAUGGGCCCAAGCCACAGCUGAACCCACUGGAGGAGAGGAACCGCCAGAGGCUUCAGAACCAGGCACGGCUCUCAGAGGAGCUGGACUUUGACGUGAUGCCCUCCACCCUACGAGACAAACUACAAGCUGGCAACUCCCUCCUGUCUGUAGGGCACAGUCUCGGGCCGUCCCCGAGCCCGUCUCCGUCGGCGAUUGGCCCGGUGUGUGUUCUGGUGGACAGCCGGUGUAUCUCCAGUGGGCCGGAGGUGGUGUCGGCGCUGCGUUUGCGGCAUGGUGUGACGGCACAGGUCUGCUCACUGGAUGGCUGCGACUUCGUGGUCAGCAACCGCAUGGCAGUGGAGCGGCAGACCCAGGGAGAGGUGGCGGUGGCCCAGAACCGCAAGAGGCUACUGGAGCGGAUGCACAGCCUGCAGGGCCUGUUCGAGAGGGUCUGCCUCAUCCUGGAGGCUGACCGAACACGCCCAGGAGAAGCAUCUCGCCCAUUCCAGCGCACGCGUUACUAUGACAGCACGCUGGGGGGGCUGGUGCAGGCGGGCAUCAGGCUACUGUCCAGCACGGGGGCCGAGGACACCGCUGGCCUGCUGGCCGAGCUGGCGCGUGUGGAGCAGAGGAAAGGCCAGGCCAUUAGCGUGCCCCUUGAGGUCAAAGGUCACCAGCAGCAGCAAGCGCUGCAAUUCUACCUGACGCUACCCUGCGUCAGCUACAUCAACGCCCUCAACAUGUGCCACAACUUUCCAUCCGUCGCCCAGCUCGUCGACAGUUCUCUGGAGGCUCUGCAGAAAGGAGCAUGUGUGAGUCGCUCCCGGGCAGAGGAGAUAUAUCGCUGUCUACGCUACUCCAGUGAUGUGUCCCUGAUGGCCACCCGCUAACGUGGAGAGUGGACCCACAGAACCCCAGCUCACUCCGUGUGUGUGUGUGUGUGACCCCACUGCUAGAGCCGAGGCUCAACUCUGAGUAUGUGUACACCUUAACACACCUUAAUGGUGUGGGUGCCCUCUUCAGGAAAUACACUAAAUAUCUUUAAAAGGAAGUAACACUAAAGGCUCCCAGAGGUCAGGCCAAUGCACACUCAAGUGCUGCUUAUUGCUUGUGUUGAGUCUACAUACCCUACCCAACCUGAGCUGCUGCUAAACGAAUAGUUUGUCUGUGCUCCUCAAAGGAUGUGCUCCCAAAAGAUGUUGCUCAGUGCUCAGGGUGGACAUCACAGAAUCAAAGACUCCAUUUGGGAACACAAUUUGUGCUCCAUCCUCAGGGACAGACUGUCAUUUCUGUGUAUAUGUUCUGUGUAAAUGUGUGCACGUGUGUGUGUACCCCAGAGGUUCUGCUCAAUACCCACUUGGUGCACCCCAACCCCAAGCGACACUCUGUAUUUACUGAAUUUCCUGAGCCAGGGCUCAAAGCAUCUACAUCAGAGUGCCUCUGGUGGUUAAUAUCAGAUUGUGAGCCAUUUGGAAAUGAGUAUGCCUUCGAUAAUAACCCAUCAUGA